CGAGUACAGUCUGUAGUUUUUUUAGAAAAAUCAAAAUAUUAUAUAGCUCUAGCUAAUAUGAAUAAUGAAAUAUAGUAGUAGUACAAUUAGACGCUCUUCGGCGUCUGGACGUGAAAUAGUAAUAUCGCCGGCGUCCUAGACAUCACGCCGGCGCAGUUAUAGUGUGGUUGUGCUGUCAAUAUGUUGUAAAAAACCGGUAAGAAUAAGAAAGUACGAUGUUUAUCUAGAAAUUCUUUCUCCGCGAGCAACGCGACGUCGUGGGUCGUGGAAAUAUCGAAAUAAAGCAAAAGCGCAGGCCGCGGCGCCAUGCGGACGAUUCACGUGGUAUCGUGAGAAAAAAGUGGUACAGUUACACACUUGUUGUCAAUUCAGCAACACAAAUUUUUUCUGCAUGCGAGGGAAAACUUGCAAUGCACAGACCAUAUAGGCAAAACACAUAUGAAGAAAUGAAGCUCGAAAUUUAUUUUUGGCAUGACAGAGGUUGUCUGUCAUGCUUGGCCUGCAUUUUUAGACUACGUGUGUAACUGGAACACUUUUAUCUCAGGAUACGUAGCACUCUGCGGCUACUACAUCCUGGAGCACGCGGUGUCGCUUAUUUUACUGCGGCUGAGUAUGCAAGAAAAUAAAAACUGUGUAAGUCUGUGAUGCAGAAAAUGCAACACAGUUACACUUGUCAUGCUCGACAUGCAUGAUCGGCUCGCUUCCUAUGUUGUUUCCCUUCCUAUCUGCGCAUCACAAGUUUUUGUUCCUGUCAUGGCAGACAAACUUCUUGUGAUGCUGUUUUCCCAAAAGACUAACACUAACACGACAGUUGUUUUCUUGCAUACUGGGCGUGAAGGAGAAAAAAGUCGCGGUGCAGAGUGUGGUCUUGUACCAGGAGAUCUAUCCUGAGUAAAAACGUCCCCACACCAGAGUCAAGAUCGGGAUUUUGCAACACAAACCUUGAAGUUUUGGGAGCCACGCAUGACAAAUUGCAGGCUGUAUUGUAGUGCAGUUUAGCAAGGGAAGUCGCAUUACAAAUCCAUCUGCUUAUCCUGUUUACAGCAUUACAAGUUCCAAAACACGAUCGGGAAUGCCUAUCAUGGGGAUGCGCAUUACAAAUGCACUUGCGCUUGCGGAUCUGCAUGACAACUCUGGGGUGGGGACGUUUUUCAAUACGAUAAGAUCUUCAAGGUAAUCAUCUGUGCCGCCGUCCUUGUCGGGCGCGCAGUUUUUUCCACCAGUCAGGACGCGCGACGCGCUCCAAGUAUCAUCUUCUCCCGUGCGGUGGACUUUUUGCCCCCGUUUUUGUAUGCGGUGCAGAACAACAUGGGCGUUUUCCUGCUCCUUUUCAUUGACCCCGCCACCUUCCUAAUCGGGAUGCAGCAAAAAACCAUCUGGGCGGCCAUUUUCUCGUACUGCAUUCUCAGUCGCGCGCAAACCAGGCGGCAGUGGGUCGCGCUCCUGCUCAUGUACGUUGGCGUAAUUGUCGUUCAGCUUCCCCAGAUUCAGUCACUCAAUGGAGGCAGCAGCAAUAGCAAUAACACCAACAAGGCACAACUACCACCAGCAUCAUCCUCUUCUUAACAAGUGCAAAUAUGUCUGGGUCUGGAAACUACUUGUGGUCCAUGUCAGUGAACAGAACGCGCACUGCAAUGCACCGCCAAGCAUGACAGAUUUUCUCGUGGCUCUGUGUUGCGUAUUCCGCAUGAGAAACAUCGUUUUUGCAUAAUAGAGAAGAGGAGGUCUUCGUGGCCACGCAACACAGAGCUCAGAGCCAUGCCAAACUAGCAUGAGAAAUCUCGCAAUUUUCCAGACAUCCAGGAAUAUUUGCAAUGCAUACUUCUUCCUCGUCUGCAACGUAUCGUGAGGAAAAAUCGCCCCUCCCCAUAUCGAGACGAAGUUUCUGAUGCUGGAUUUCCGUACACAAAUGCGCACUGUCUUGCAGUAAGGCAUCGCAGCCAGAUCCGCAGCGUAGGUACUGGGGGCGCUUGGGUGUAGGUGUUUAGCAUUACAAAUGGCUGCUCCCUAGGCCCAACAGCAUGCCAAAUCGCUUCCAUAAUGGUGCGGAAGCCUCUGCGCUUGUCUUCUUGCAAGACAGACGUGAUUUGUGGCCUCAAAUCAGCAACAGAAAGGCACCGCUUCGAUAUGGGGAGGGGGGAUUUUUCCUCUCAAUACAACGCCAACAACAACUACAAGUGCGGGAGAAAUCACCGUCGCUGCAGAGGUGCUGUGCUUCGCGUAUCAAAAGGAAAAAUCCCCCCUCCCCAUAUCGAAACGAGGUUUCUGAUGCUGGAUUUCCGUACACAAAUCAGAUUUGUCUUGCAGUAGAGGACUGCAGGCAUAUGUCAAGCCCCAGUCGAGAGGUUUUGACGUAGGCGCGCCUAGCAUGACAACCGUGUAUGCUCUAAGCCCAACAGCAUCACAAACCACCUGCAAAACGCGGAGCGCUUUCUGGACUUGCCUUCUUGCAAGACAGACAGGAUUUGAGGUCACAAAUGCGCAUCACAAAUUUUCAGACGGAUACGUUUUCGAUAUGGGGAGCGGGGAUUCUUCCCCGGGAUAUCGCGGGCUUGUUCCUCACGUCCCUCGCGAACGGUCUCGCGGGCGUGUGCACUGAGAAGCUGCUCGUCGACCGCACGGUGUCCUACUGGGACAGGAACCUGAAUUUUGCGGUAAGUAGCGUGAUUCUGUGCGAAGUUGUAUCAAAAGGAAAAAUCCCCCCUCCCCAUAUCAAAACGAGGUUUCUGAUGCCGGAUUUGCAUACACAAAUCAGAUUUGUGUUGCUGGAGAGGUCUGCAGGCCCCUAUCGAGCCUGAGGAGAGAGGUUUUUGCCUAGACGCUUAGCAUGAAAAACGUCCGCUCUGUAGGCCCAACAGCAUGACAAACCGCCCGGAUGAAGCGGCGGCGCCUGUGGCGUUGCCUUCUUGCAAGACAGAUGCGAUUUGUGGUCACAAAUCAGCAACACAAAUUCCCGAAAACGCACCUCGUCAAUAUGGGGAGGAGCGGUUUUUCCUUACGAUAAGUUGGCGUGGUGCUCAAGCUCGUGCUUGGGAGCUACGCAAAAUCUACCAAGUGCAAAAAUGUCUGGGUCUGGAAGAAUGCAACUUGUGAUGCUGCAUUUGGAUUCCAAGAAAAUCUGUAUUGCAUGAGUACCAAAGGGAAUGCAGUUUUUGCUACGCUGAGAAGGCAUUUGUCAUGCGGAAUAGGCAUCAAGAAGCCUUCAAAAAAUCUGUAUUGCUAGGGUAUGCAUCACAGACAUCAUGGCUCAUGCAAAACGUGCAUGACAAGUGUCAGAAUCUUCCAGACCCAGACAUUUUUACAGUUGAUAAAAUCCGCGCCGGCGCCUUCGCUUUCGGAAAUCGGCAAGCAAGUGCUCCUGCCUAGCACGGAAGGGUUCCCCUGGUACCUACUACGAUGAAAAAUGCCCCGUCCCCAUAUCAAAACGGAAAUCUGUGAUGCAGAUUUGUGGUCACAAAUCAGCUUUGUAAUGCUAGAAGGCAAAAGAUGCGGACUGCAGUGCUGCCACCUAGCGUGGGAAAUCCUUGCUGCUCCAGCAUGACAGGAGGCAACUGGAAGUGGGAAACAGCAUGACAGAUUGCCUGCAAUUCAGGCCGCAGCUGCGUCGCUUGGCCUUCUAGCAAUACAAGUCGAUUUGUGUACUCAAGUACAGCAUCACAAAUUUCCUUUCCGAUAUGGGGUGGGGGCUUUUUUCACAUUGAUAGUGCCUCUGGCUUUCCAUCCUGCUGCAGGCAAGCGGAGGGAUUUGUUGCGGCCUCAUCAUUCGCGAGUUCAACAUCGUGCAAAAGGACUUCAUGAACGCCAUCUCGCUCAUCCUCACGGUUCUCAUCACCUAUCAAAAGGAAAAAUCCCCCCUCCCCAUAUCAAAACGAAAUUUGUGAUGCUGGAUUUGAGUACACAAAUCAGGUUUGUCUUGUAGUAGAGCACUGCAGGCACAUACGAAGCCCGAGCAAGGAGGUUUUGACAUAGGCGCCCAGCAUGGCAAACGUCUACGCUGUAGGACCAACAGCAUCACAAACCGCCUGCAUUAUGCGGCGGAGCCUGUGGAGUUGCCUUCUUGCAAGACAGAGCCGAUUUGUGGUCACAAAUCAGCAUUGCAAAUUUUCUGAGGCGUGUCUUUUCGAUAUGGGGAGGGAACAUUUUCCCUCACGAUAUCACCGGCAUCGUGUUCCGCGACGAGAUCCACUGGCUGGUGCCGUAUGAACUGCAAAAGUAUCGUACUUUUGUAUACAUUGCAUUACAAAUUGACUUAGCAUUACAAAUUAAAUUUGUGAUGCGGAUUUGCCUAUAACAAAAAGAUUUGUAAUGCACAAACGCGAUUAGUACGUGACUGCGAUACUUUUGCAGUUCAUAUGCCGGUGGGCGCGGUGAUUGUCACCCUCGCCACGUUAUGGAUUGCACAUAUCCCUGGAUGUCGGGAAGAUUGCAGCUUGUGAUCUGCAUUUGGAAGAUUCUAAAAAAAAGUGUAUUGCAUGAGCAGCAAGAGGAAUCAGAUUUUUGCUAGUACGCGGACAGGGCAUUUGUCAUGCGGGAUAGGCAACAUCAAGAAGCCCUCAGUAGAAUAUUUAUAUUUGUGAUGCUAGCACAGACAAUAAACUUGCAUUCUUCCAGACCCAGAUCGAUAUUUGCAGUUGAUGCACAUGUCUGUACAAGAGCACAAGGCCUAUUCAUCUCGGAUCCCUCUGCAGCUGCAGCCGGGGCGGCCUCGGGGAGAACAAAGAACGACAAGGUUUCUACUACUUGCUGCCGACCUUCCAGCUCGGCCUUUGCGUAGCUUUUCUGAGCGCCGUGGCGGCGAUAAAAUUUGCUGGCAUUUUUGAAACCAGCAGCGUCGCCGUGUUAGGAUCUACUUCUUCAUCUUCAUCGCAACAUCUGUCGUAUAAUAAUGGGGGCAAAAGUAGUGUUGCUGAUCCUCUGGCAGCAAGGCUGGUGGUAUAUCACCCCAGAAUUAUCAAAGUGCAAAAAGCCCCCACGACCCCAUAGUACUCAAAAGACAAUUUGUGUAUGCUGGAUUUGUUUAAACACAAACGAACUCUGUAUUGCAGCAAGAGCCUGUCUGCAUAUUCUAAGCCCAUUUGGGUACUACUACGCCUCCGGCUAGCAGCUGAGCAUGAGAAACAAGUCUUUGACAUAGGCGAAACGCAUGACAGACUCGCUGCACAAUGCGCCACAUGGGUGCUGUUUGCCUGGUACGCAAGACAGAGCUGAUUUGCGGCCACAAAUCAGCAUCGCAAAUUUCCUUUUCGAUAUGGGCAGUAGGGGGGAUUUUUCCUGACGAUAAGAAUCAAGAACUCGCAAGUGGUCAACAGAAGGACAGCUGCAUUGAUGACAGAGACAGCAGUAUGCAAGGAAAAAACUGCGUAAGCGUAACUUUGUCUUGCAGAUGUUGCAAUACAGUCACGCUUGUCAUGCUGAACAUGCAUCAGAGGCUAUUUUCCUACGUGUUUUCGCGUACUAGCUACGCAUGGCAGGUUUUCUCUGUCGUGCAAAACAAAUCUGUGAUGCUGUUCCUGCAAAAAAGUUACACUUACACAUUUUUUUUCUUGGAUAAGCAGGCAGCUCGGGCGGGGGCAUCAACAUCAACAACGAAGAGGCUAUCAACUGCAAAAGCGUCUGGGUCUGGAAGGCUGCAACUUGUAAUGCUAGCUCUCCAUACCUAGGAAAUCUGUAUUGCAUAACCAACAAAAGUCGCAGCCUCUUUUGCACAGGCAGAAACGCAGUUUCUCAUGCGGAUUUCCUACGAGAAAGCGUUCUCAAAAGUUGUCAUGCUGUGAUGCAUUUGGAACUGGUUUCCAGACCCAGACAUUUUUGCAAUUCAUAGAGGCAGCACGCGGACAACUAGUCGCACGACUAGUAGACUCUUUAUCAAAUGUAAAAAUGUCUGGGUCUGGAAGGAUGUAACUUGUGAUGCUGCGUUUGGAUUCCAAAAACAUCUGUAUUGCAUGAGUACCAAAGGGAAUGCAGUUUUUGCUACGCUGAGAAGGCAUUUGUCAUGCGGAAUAGGCAUCAAGAAGCCCUCAAAAAAUCUGUAUUGCUAGGGUAUGCAUCACAGACAUCAUGGCUCAUGCAAAAUGUGCAUGACAAGUUUCAGAAUCUUCCAGAUUCAGACAUUUUUACAGUUGAUACUCUUCCCCACAUCAUGACCACCUUCAUCAAGGGGGCCAUAGUAUCUUCGAAGUGAAAGACCAGUACGACACGGCAGGACGGUCCAGCGUUGUUGACCAGACAGCCCACACUACAGCGCUGAUGACGCAGCUUCUGCUCCUAGCAAAUAACUAAGAAGUUCUUGUCUAGGUGGUUUCUACGAUUUACUUUACACUGACAGGAAAAUUCAUUUUUUCUGUGUUCGACCUUCAACGAUUUAGGAUUUACAAACAUAUGCAUAUGCAUCCCAGGGCCAGGAGAUCGUGAUGAUCGAUGGAGAUCUGCAUAUAAUACUCAGUACAGGAUAUAAUUACAGCUGAUUCUGAUCAGCACCUAUAGAUGGUUUAUAUCGUUCAAAAAAAACUCCAAAGCUUUAGUUUCUUUCUCGUAAAAAUAUCCGUGGUUGAUUUGCUUGCUCAGCAACAUCCUUGGUAUAGUACUACUUUUUGCCAAAAGUAGUAGUAAAGAGCUGCCUGCUUCAAAACGCAUCUGGUCGUGCCUCCAGAACGAGAUAUUUAUUUCAGUGUGAUGUCGUGAGGUGAGUAUAAGACAAAGGCCAUCGCCCUGACUCCCUGUCAAGGGUAGACACCAAUCAAAAGAAAAUCACCGGCCGUGCCGCAGCGGACCCGCAGACAUCCCGGCUAAAUAGUAAGGGGCAUUGCCUAGGCGUGCCGCGAGCCCCCGGCCCAGCACGGCGCGCCUGCUUCCGCGGCGCCGGCGCCAUUUUUUUGCGCUGCCCCGGAAGCUAAUCUCGGCACACUUUUGUCCGCUUUUUUUUCUUUUGAAAAGUGCGGCCCGCGCUGCCACUUUUGCUGCCACAAUUAGCUGCCACAAAUUUCAAAAACGCCCACUUUUGCUCCGGAAAAAAAUGCCCAGAAAUUGCGCCACAAUUUGCUGCCACAAUUCGACCACGCAAAAACGCUCCUGAUUUCCUGUACAAAAAUUGUGGCAGGUUGGGCGCAGCGAUUUGUGGCAAUAUUUGUGGGCAUUUUUUUUGCGCCGGGGGACGAUGAAAAAGAUGGUCGCGUGGGCGGUUUCUGGAAGCCCGAAAAUGCUCAUUUGUGGAACUACUGAAAAGCGUGCGAAACGGGUUGCGUGCCUCCCUUCCCACUCCCGUCUCCACAGCUACGGUCUGCGUGGAGGACUGGCCGAUACUCACGGCGGGCGAGGCAGACAGGGCAUUUUGAUUUUUCUUCGAAGUACACAUGCAGUCCAAAGCCUGCCAACCCGGUGCCAGGAGACAGCGCAGCGGCUGUCAUGGCACAGGGAACACACGACAGGCCGCCAAAAGUCAACAAAACCAGGCGGGCAAGCUCGUCUUCAUAUCUGCCAGUAGCGCUAGCAGUGGGCUUCACCCUUUUGGGCCGGCCUUCUUCUUCUUUUUUCUACAGGUGCUCUCCCGUUUAUGCACAACUUUUGUUAUUCUUUCGCGCCGCCCCACCUCGCUUCCAUCGCCAUGGCUGCUAAUGCUCUCAGACACAUCGAUGGAGAAAGCAACAGCAGCGCAUGGGCAGGGAGUACGUCUCUCCUACUUCUCGCUUCCUCGGACUCGGAAUCGCGAAACGGUAUCUCAGGGAAAGCCAAAAAUACGGGCUGCCAAAAUGUGUGGCGCGUAUUCUACACCCCUUGAUCGAAGUUCUAAAAUGUGGGCAUUUUUUUGGACAAAAAUCUGUGAGCGAUAUGGCCCGGGACCAUCCAUAUGACUCCAGAACGACAUAUUUAUUUCAGUGUGAUGUCGUGAAGUGAGUAUAAGAUUUUACGGUACUUCAAAGGCAUACAAGCGGGCAAGCGCAAAAGAGAUCUGCAUAGGCGUAGAGAUACAGCUUAGUACUUAGCUAGCUACCCGAAAGCCAGGAGAAAAGUGUCCUCAGGAGCAGCCGCGGUCAUGGAUUCAGUCCUUGGCACUGUGGCCUCAUGGUACAGGACACGCAAGGCCUUGGCCGCGACUUUGGUGUAUGGGCAGGGCCUUCGGGAUAAGUCAGCGACAUUCUGACGGGUUCGCCUAGAAGCGGCAGUCUGAAACGCGCGCCGCCUCGGGACAUGUCCCGCCCUGGCUUUGGAAGUGCCCCAAGCGGCAAAUACAGAGUACGCGGACACCUUCAGCGCCCUUGAAUUUAUUCCCCGCCCGGCUCUGCAAGUCUCCGUCUUGGCCGAGUUCACACUUCUGUUUCGUGUUAUUAUUGCCGGCACCUUGGGGCCAUGUUUCUUUUUGAAUUCCAUCGCCCCCGCCAAUUUCUUUUUGAAUUCCGUUCCGGCCGCCAAUUUCUUUUUGAAAUUGCUUAGGCCAGCCAAUUUCCUUUUGAAAUUGGGCACUCUGCGAGAUCGCUCUGGUAUUGGUGUGGUCUGUGGCGUGGCGUAUUUGAUGUUAGGCACCAGGAAGGCCCGAUCAAUCGAGAGGCGAGGUUGCAUCUGGGCCACCUUUCGGCCGCCUCGGGAAUGGAAUUGUGUUGGCCCCAUGCGUGGUGGCUUUGGGCGGAUGUGGUGUCUGUCAGCUGGAUUUUCGAAGGGCCCUGGCGGUUCAAUCUUGAGCCGCCAUGCCAUGGCCCAGAGCUUGUGGCCGUGCUAAUUCCAAGCCAAACACCCUCCCAAACUAAUGAGACGCAUUUAAGUGGUGGCGUUGCGUUUUUCAAGCGAAAUGCUCCGUGUAAGUACAUGGCAUAGGGCUUGCGAAUGGUCCACAACCGGGGCGCGUCGAUAUUUAUUUCAGUGUGAUGUCGUGAGGUGAGUAUAAGAAGAGUCAUGUCAAUAUCUGGUGUUCCACCUGUGCGGCCCUCCAGUAAUUUUGUAAUUCGCGAAACAACCAUCCACGCAACAUGCGCCAAAAUCCAGCCCCUAGGCGCCAGCGCCCUGGACUCUCCUAGUGUGGCUCAGGGCGAUGGGGCGCAGGCGGGUGGUGUGGCUAGAAGCGUUGGAACACACGCAGGCGGCUGGCUUGGCCAUGGGAGCUCGCAGAGCGAACAGCCCCACAGCUCGCGCCCAGAUCCAGCCGCCUGCAUUUCAGCGCCCACCUUUGGCCCUUCUGGCGAGGCUCAGAGCACUAGAACAUAGGCGGAAGGUUUGGCCACGGGGGCUCGCAGAGUGAGCGAACAUCUGCGCCCCUUGCGCUCAAAUUAGUUCGGCCGCCUAAACUCCGGCGCCCGCUCUGGACUCUCCAGGCAAGACUUGGCUUGCCAGAGCGACCUCGCUCGCAAAGAGAGCAUCUGCGCCACUUGCGCCCCGAUCGAUGUCGCCGACUACACUCCAACGCCGCUGAUUCUUCUCGCGCCGCCCGGGGCGUUGGAAUGUAGGCGGCUGGGCUGGCCACGAAAACGCCCGCGCUCUGCGAGCGUCUGCGCGCCUUGCGCCGAAAUCCAGCCGACUGCGCCCCAGCGCUCUGUCGGCCCCUAUGGUGGAAGCCGUCUCGAAGGCCAAGGAAGGCGCCGAGCCCGGGGGAAGGCAGAGGCGCGAAGAAGUAAGCGCGCCGCGUAGCGCGACGGAAAGAACCUGAGCAGCCCCGCCCGCCUUCAAACUAAAGCGGCUCCGCCCGCCUUCGGAAAAAAUAAAAAGCGAAACAAAAGCGGCGCCGCCCGCACCAAAAACCGAAACAAACCAUAACGGCUCGGCCCGCAUCGGAACACGAAGGAGCGAAACCACAGCGGCGCCGCCCGCAUUUGAAACCCACCGUAACGGCCCCGCCCACAAAAAGCAAAAGCCUUGGCUUGUUUGGCCGAGGGCGCAACCCACCGAAGGACGCAACGCCGUCGCUGUUUCGGGUUCUAUCGUUGUUUCGCCUCCACGCAAGUGAGAGAGGCGCACUGCCAUCAUAAAGGAAGACCAGUACUGCCAUCGUAAAGGAAGCUGCCUCAGCGCCGCACGCUCGACGGCGUCCGCUCGAGGCCCCCCAAAGGCCCCCCGAAGGCCCCCCGGAGGCCUCUGAACGCCCCCCGGCCGAAGGCCCCCCAAAGGCCUCGAAAGGCCCCCCGAAGGCCCCCCAAAGGCCCCCCGAAUGGGUGUCCGAGAGAAAGCUGAAAUUUAGUACAACUUUUCGGGGGCAUCGGAACCCCGAAGGGGGUUCAAUGACCACCCGAAGGGGGUCGCGCAAGGGGGGCCAUCGGGGGGCCUUUGGGGGGCCUUCGGGGGGCCUCGGUUUUCGAAGGGGUAGUUCAGGGCAGCCAAGGGGGGUCAAUGAACCUCCUUCGGGGGGCCUUCGACCCCUCAACGCCCUAAAUGAUCAUUAAUAAUACUUAAUCUGGUGUUCCACCUGUGCGGCCCUCCAGUAAUUUUGUUCUCAUCUGGUGCCUUGUGGCUGGCGUAAGCCUGCUUUUCAUUUUGAUUCGCAUGCUUUUUUCAAUGUUGCUUCGCCGUCGCAGAUGAAGAUCCGGGGAAUCUGAUAAGAUGUGAUGUCGGGAGUGAGGAACUAGCUUAGGCUCCUAUGUGAACUAGUAGUUAAGGCGAUGCUUCAAUGAGGCUCCUGAAGGCUCCGCGGAAGAGAGCCAGGCCUGCCCACUGCUGCCGCCGUUAAACUGCCCACAUUUGGUGCCUUAUGGCUGACGUAAUGCUGCCGGGGCCCCGGGCGGGGCCCUGACAUCUUGGUAGCGUGUUGAAGGGGCUCUGAAGUAAAAUUGCCUUUUUUUGUCAUGGAAAGUCCAUCGUAGCAUGCGGGCGCUUGGAGCUCUAUUGAGAAACUCAGAUCAACGAUUCAAGAGGUGGCCGAAACCUCUCCAGGAAGACGCCAAAAAAGCCCCCCUCUUUUCUACAGCAUAGCAUCGGCGAAAGCAAAUCAGGGGGCCCUCUCUGGAGACCCCACCUUCCUACCUCACUCCUUAUUUAGCUGGUUCAAAUUGGAGUCUAGUUUAGACCACCGAAACACAUUCCAAAAAGAGGCAGCCUGUAUCGCUGUGUCGCAGUGCUGGAAUGGGCGUCGUUUCUGCGUCACCUUUUUGAGGGCAGCAUUACGCCAGCCAGAAGGGGUCGCCAAAUGCCGCUUCCAGCCAUGGCUCUGCGAUGGAAAAGCGCCACCAUACUAGCGGUCUACCGCCGCCUUCCUACCUUCCUCCUUAUCUAGCUAGUUCACAUUGGAGCCUAUUUUAGAUCACCAAAACACAUUCCAAAAAGAGGCAACCUGUGC